UAAACGCUCUAAACCAAUCAAAAUCAAGCCCGCCAACUGCGUCAAGCGUCGCUCAUUGUGUGCUGAUAUACACUGUUGUGAGGAAUUUUCACGAAAAGGUGUCAUCCAAGAGGAUUUACUCCGGCGGGUAAUCAUGCCAUCCAAGAGGACUACUGGGUUGAGAUCUAGGUCCAGAAGUACUAAGACCAGAUCUAGUAGGAGUCGAAGCCGUAGCCGAAGUAGAAGUCGCUCCAGAGGAAGGAGCCCGGGAAGGCCCAAGGCAACAAAACCUAAAGCAUCCACUCCAAACAGGACAAGAUCAAAGUCUGCAACACCCACUAGAAUGUCAGCAAGGAUUGCAGCAAAAUCCCAUGAGGGUGAGAUGAAACCAGUAUCACAGACUGCAGAGAGGAAUGAAAGUGAGAAAAAAGUAAUGGCAAAAUCUUCACAUACUGAAUUUGGUGGCGCAUUUGGAACAUUCCUGAUGAUGUUUUUCUUACCUGCUACACUCUAUUAUGUGAACAUGGCUUGUUCAAAGAAAAACUGCAGCAUUACAAAUAUUCACAAUUGCUCUGGGAAGUGGUCAUCAUUCUUUGAUGUGCAGGCGGCACUUAUAUUUGUCGGAUGGUUUGCAUUCCAAGCUGUUCUGUACAUGAUUCCAGUUGGAAAGGUAGUACAGGGACCACCCAUUGUCAUCAGCAAUCAUCAUAGGCUGUCUUACAGGUGUAAUGGUUUCUUUGCUUAUGUUGUCAGUCUGGUAGCAUUUGCUGUUGCUGUUUACUAUAGAGUGCCGGUAACCAUUGUUUAUGACAAGUUCCUGCAGUUGUUAACUUCAGCUGUCUUGUUCUCAUUUGCCCUUGCUGUGUUUGUGUACAUAAAGGCAAGAUUGGGACCAACUAGAAAUCUGGCACCUGCUGGAAAAACUGGAAACAUUGUCUAUGACUUUUUCAUGGGCCAUGAGCUGAACCCAAGGAUUGGACAGUUUGAUAUUAAGUUUUUCUGCGAGAUGAGACCAGGUCUGAUUGGCUGGGUGAUCAUAAAUCUCGUUUUCCUCGUGAAGGAUUAUCAACUGGAUGGAAAAAUAGAUUAUGCUUUAGCUGCUGUAGUUUUCUUCCAGGCACUCUACAUUGCUGAUGCAUUAUGGUUUGAGGAUGCCAUUUUAACAACUAUGGAUAUAAUCUAUGAAGGAUUUGGUUUCAUGUUGAGUUUUGGUGACCUCGCCUGGGUUCCAUUCCUCUACUGCUUACAAGGCCGUUAUCUCCUGGAACAUCCAAACCCAAUGCCCUGGUACUGUUUGGCUAGCAUUGUUGUUCUCAACUUUAUUGGAUAUUACAUAUUCCGGGGCAGCAACUCUCAGAAAAAUGAAUUCAGGAAGAACCCGGAUAAUCCAGCUCUAGCACAUCUUCAGACUAUCCGUACUGGAACUGGCAAGAAGCUUUUAGUAUCUGGUUGGUGGGGAUUGUGCCGGAAACCUAACUACCUCGGAGAUAUCAUCAUGUCACUUGCUUGGUCCCUUCCUUGUGGAUUCACCACUGUCAUGCCUUACUUCUAUCCCAUCUAUUUCUUCAUUCUGUUGGUACACCGAGAACGUAGAGAUGACGCUCUGUGUAGGAAAAAGUACGGUGCCAGUUGGGACCGCUACUGUGAGAAGGUUAAAUCGAGGAUCAUACCUGGUAUAUACUAGAGAAAAACUUACCAUAGACACUGCCAUUCCACUUGGAGAUUCGAUUAUUUGGAAGUGUGCUUGACAUUUACAGUUGUACUUAAGCAGAUGUAGAAUUAUUUAGUAAGACACAUGAUCUCAGCAAAUGGCCUUUAGUUUAAUUACCUGUUGUGUUUGGUAGUGAAUUAUGUUAAUUAAUGAAUUUUUGAAUGUUAAAUUCAGAUUUUCUAAAUUAUUGCUGUCUAUGGAAAGACAGACACAAGAAAAAAAAUGACCACAGGAGAAAGAAAUGACAUUAAGGAAAUUUUUAAGAAGUCAAGAAAAUCAAAGAUGGUUCUGUAUCAAAUUUAAUUGUAUUAAGAAAUUAGAAAAAAAAUUCUAACCACAAAAGACAUAAUAUGAGUCGUGCCAUGAGAAAAACCAACAUAGUGGGUAUUAUGCUGUCCCAGUAUUUUUUUAGUCAUUUAGUGCAUUCCUAGAAUUAUACACCACUCAGGAAAGUAUGGUUUAGAUUUUUUGUAAAUGCAUUCAGCUAUUGGCAGUACAUGUAUUUUUACAUGCUUACACAAGUUGCAGAAAUGAUAUUCUGCAUUCUUAAUAUUCAGACCAAGAGCAGACUUUUAUUACUAGUUAGAGCGUAAAACUGUUCAAAUUCUCUUGGUUUAUUGUCGUAAACUUAAUGGUUUCGAACUUAAUUCUAAUUUUUACAAGUACAUCAAAAGUGUCAAAGUAAACAAGAUAUAUCGGGAGCUAAAGAAAUUCUUAAGAUGUUACUGAAUGUUUUGUCAUUUUAAACUUUAAAACGCAUGUUAUAAAACAGUAGAUGGCAGACUUUUUUUCCGGUUUAGUUUUGUUGUUUUUCUUUUAAUUUCCUGAUUUUAAAUUCUCAGGCAUAUAGGUAUAUUACAGUGAAAUGUUGAAGAACAUGAAAGAUUCAAGCCAAACACGAGAACAAUAAGUCUGUGAUUUGUACCUAUAUGGGAGAAAGAGACCAUCAUUUAUGCUUUUUGUUAAUGGACAUUACUUUUAUGGGGGGAAAAUCGUAGGUGAUCAUGUUUUAAUUAGACUUUUCUUAGGUAUUUAUUUAAAAGAGCAUUAUCAGAUUUUACAUUGUAUUUUUAGAUGUAAAUGAAAACUUGGGAGUGUACAUAUUUGUUGUAUUAUACAUGUAAAAACUGUUGUAAAUAUGUUGUAAAUUUUCAUUUUAUUUUUUCUUUACAUUUUGCAUGAUUUUACUGAUAAUACAGUUCUUAAUUGCAAGUUUUUCCUGACUU